AUGGAUCAGAACCAGGAUUCACCAAACCGUGAAGAGCAUCUUUUUGAUGACCAGUCCUACACGCUGCAGCAGGCAGGUUCCGGAAAGCGACUUGCCAAUUACUUUAUCGACUAUAUUGUAUUUAUUGUAUUCCUGUCUUUGUUAUCUUUUGUGCUCGAAGAAAUAAAGCCGGGCAUCACGAUAUUGAUUUAUGGUGAUGAUGACGGGUUAAAUCUCAGGGGACGAAUAACAGGUUUAAUAUUAUACGCCAUGUUUAUGGGUCUCGAGGAAGCCAUCUUCAAAGGAAGAAACAAGAUUGCACAAUGGAUGAAAGAAGCAGGUUUGUCUGUCGUGAUCGACAAUACAGGGAAUGUCCGGGGCAGCCUGCAUGCGAAAGAAAAGACAGCUAAAACUUUUGUACUUGGCUCGCAUAUCGACACGGUCAAUAAUGCGGGAAAAUUUGAUGGUCCACUGGGUGUAUUAAUGGCAAUUGACCUCGUAAGCCAGGUUUCGGGAUCGGGUUGUGAAGUUCCUUUUAACAUCGAAGUUGUCGGUUUUUGUGAUGAAGAAGGAUGCCGUUUUCAUACUACCUAUAUCGGAAGCAGGGCGUUGACCGGCUCGCUGGAUGAUGAUACGCUCCAGGCAAAAGAUAAAAAGGGUAUUUCCCUGCUUGAAGCGAUCAGGGAAGGCGGUGGUGAUGUAAAUAACCUGCGUAAAGAUGCGCUUGCAAAGCAGGAUUGGUUAGGUUAUUUUGAAAUCCAUAUUGAGCAGGGGCCUGUAUUAUUCGAACGCCACAUUCCAGUUGGUAUAGUAACAGGUAUCGCGGGACAGCGAAGGAUCUCGAUUACAUUGCAUGGGGAAGCCGGGCAUGCAGGCACUGUGCCGAUGGACAGACGAAAAGAUGCGAUGGUAUGCGCGGCAGAGUUUAUCAUCAAAGCGGAAGAGCUGGGAAAAGCAUAUGAUGGAAGAAUGGUAGUGACGACGGGUAAAGUGGAUAUUGUCAACCCCGCCUCCAAUGUGAUACCCGGGGAAGUGAUAUUGAGUCUGGAU